GCGCCGUGGAGCAGGCAGCACUCCUGACUGAAGCUGCAGCCCGCUCUGGACUGGGGAUCUGAGGAGAAAGCGCUGGGGGCCCAGGGGCUGAGCUCUGCGGACAUGGAUGUGUUCCAGAAGGUGGAGAAGAUCGGAGAGGGCACCUACGGGGUGGUGUACAAGGCCAGGAACAAGGAGACGGGCCAGCUCGUGGCUCUGAAGAAGAUCAGGCUGGACUUGGAGACCGAAGGGGUCCCCAGCACCGCCAUCAGGGAGAUCUCCCUGCUGAAGGAGCUGAAGCACCCCAACAUUGUCAGGCUCUUGGACGUGGUGCACAACGAGAAGAAGCUGUACCUGGUGUUUGAGUUCCUCAGCCAGGACCUGAAGAAGUACAUGGACUCCACCCCCGCCUCCGAGCUCCCCUUGCACCUAGUCAAGAGCUACCUCUUCCAGCUGCUGCAGGGCGUGAAUUUCUGCCACUCGCACCGGGUUAUCCACAGGGACCUGAAGCCCCAGAACCUGCUCAUCAGCGAGCUGGGCGCCAUCAAGCUGGCGGACUUCGGCCUGGCCCGGGCCUUCGGGGUGCCCCUGCGCACCUACACCCACGAGGUGGUGACCCUGUGGUACCGGGCCCCCGAGAUCCUCUUGGGCUGCAAGUUCUACUCGACGGCUGUGGACGUCUGGAGCGUUGGUUGCAUCUUCGCGGAGAUGGUGACACGCAGGGCCCUGUUCCCCGGUGACUCGGAGAUUGACCAGCUCUUCCGUAUCUUUCGCACUCUGGGGACACCCAGUGAAGCCACGUGGCCAGGAGUCACCCAGCUGCCCGAUUACAAAGGCAGCUUCCCCAAGUGGACCAGGAAGGGGCUAGAGGAGAUCGUGCCCGACCUGGAGCCAGAGGGCAAGGACCUGCUCGUGCAACUCCUGCAGUACGACCCGAGCCAGAGGAUCUCCGCCAAGGCCGCCCUGGCCCACCCAUACUUCUCGCCUGCCGAGCCCUCCCCGGCACCCCCCGAGUGCGUGCUGGAGCGGUUCUGCCGCUGAGGGUCCCCGUCUGAGGCGAAGGCGGGCUCUCAGGCAUUGGCGUCAUCUGAGGGCCGAGUUUGGGUUGGUCCCGCCAGCAGGGACCCACGCUCCGGGAUUGUUCACUGGGUUUGAUGUUGCUGUUCCCAAAAAGACACAGGUGCUUCACGUAGGAGGGGGUUGGUUGGAGAUCCAGCCCCUAGCACCGGAAGAACAGGUGCCAAGGUGGGAGUGGGAAGCCUGUGGCAGCUGUGGACAGCGCUCCUGGGGCCCUGCCUGCAGCGGCGCAGCCAGGCCGAGGGAAGGGUGCCCCCUGCUGGUCUUUUUGGAUUUAACAAGUUUUGGGGAAGUUGCGUUCCAGUUAAGAGUUCCAAGUUAAAUAAGGGGGCGAGGGAUUGUUGUCAGCGGCUGUCACCUCACCCAAGACCUGCUGCUGUUGGUUUGCCUGUGUUGACCACUGAAUAAACAUGAGAUUGGCUGCUUCUGUCCACAACGUGGCUUAGUGACGCGGAGGAGACUGGCACUGGGCUGGAGGCCCGAAUGAGAGAGUGGGGAGAGGAGGAGGGGGUGCCCCUGCGUCCCAGUCCUGGGAGAACGCCCCGCUCCCCCCACACCCCAGGCAGGCGCCCUGGGGACGUCCACUCCCGGCGCUGUCCCUGUGCCCAACCUCAGAUUCCUGCAGGAGCAGACAGGCAUGCCACAGGGAGAAAUCUUUUAUUGGAAGCACUGGGUAGGGAAAAAUCGGAGCUGCUAGUUUCCUGGGCUGGGGAUGGACCUGGCA